UUUUUUUCAGCCGUACUUUUUUUCUUUAUGUGAAAAAAGCGACCAUGUCAUUGUAAGUAUACAAGCAGUGCUGAGCUUCGCAAGUGCCGUGUGUGUGACUUCGUGGUUUAUUUACCAACCAUCCAGCGUCCUGAACUAGUCAAACUCAGCGUAGAAUCGUUACCGUGGCGCGCUCCAGCCUGCCGGUGAUGGAUGUGGAGCAGCACCAUUCCUGGAGGACUACAUCCCAUCCAGCGAAAGAUGAAGGCGAUGACACCGCCGAUGAAGAUAAACCACUGGGAUUGGUCCUCCGGAAGUGUAUCAUGUGCUUGCUACCGUUCGACGAGCUGGGAUCGAUCGAAACCGAAUCACCGGAAGAGCUGAAGCGAAUCGUAGACAAUGUGUACAAAAUUGCCAAGAUCGAGGUAACCCCCUCCAAUGGCAAAAUUGGACCCCUCUGCGGUAGCUGUCGUGCCAAACUGGGCUACAACUUUGAUGAGGAUGCCUACUACGAAAUGCUCAGCAAAAUGUACAGCGAAACCGGCGCUCAGAGCCACCAAACCCUGGGCAUCAUACCCUUGGUGGUUCCCAGGGGCCAGCAACCACCGGGUGGGCCGGAAAACUCCGAUUACCCCUCACCGGGUAGCCCCUUGCUGGAUGCCGCCUGCGGUACGCUCGUAGUUACCGAAAUGGGUCGGGACGAGUCCGACACCUCGUCAGAUCUGAAGUGUGUCAUCUGCUCCAAGGUGUUCAACUUCAAAUCGACCCUUCGGCUGCACAUCCGCAGCCAUCACAAUAGCACCACGAUUCGGGAACCGGAAACGCACAAAAUCCCACGAAAACCACGCAUGUACGAGUGCAUCGAGUGCAAUCUGAGCUUCAAACUGAAGUACGACUACGACAAACAUCAGGCCAUGCACAAUCGGGCAAAUCUGUUCCAGUGCGACACUUGCUACAAACUGUUCAAACACAAAUCCUACUAUCUGAUGCACCGGAAUGCAAAACGCUGCAAGGCGAUGCCCCUGAAUUUGAGUGCCGAUGGCAUUGGAAGUCUUGUCCGAAGCCAGCCGGCACGGGACCUCGGAAACCUCAGUGAGGGCAUCCGGAACACGAGCUAGAAAGAUUCAUCGAACGUGGAAACCCGUUUAUGAGAACGAACCAAGCUUCCUUCGUUUUUGCCAUAACUAUCAUACACACAUUAUAUGUACGUGUUUUUAACAAUUAUUAGCGUUAGUAGUUACUAAUAGAUGUUCUUGAUGCCGAACGGCGCGAGUGGAGCCUAAUCGAUACCAAAUUUGCCAUGUUCCUUCGAUCUAGUCCGGAGUUGUCCAACGACAAAAUGUUUUUAGUUAUGCUAAGUUUGAUCGUUUAUGUUGAUUUACUGUUAUAUUUUAUGUAUUUACCAAAAUUACAAUUGUACAAUAAGAUUAUUUUAUUUUUAAAAUAACUCCACCCGAUACGUUACGGCAUCAAACCAAUCGGAUUCUGGUCUCUUCGUUUUAGUCAAUAAUCUUGGAAACGAAUGUUUAAUCAAAUCAAUACCCACAACAACAGCAUAAAACAAUAGAAACAGGCACUCGGUAGAUUUAUUCACAAACAGAACACUUCUUAGGCUAUAAGUCAGAUUAUAUCAAGCAACGCUCUAUUUAUACACAAUUCUCUUCGGAAUUCCUACGUAAAAGGUAAACUAAUUCAAACUAAUAGUAUUCGACUUCUUUGCUAAGAUGGAACAAAACACAAAUUUAAACUGAAUACAAAUGAAUGGACAUUCAAUUCCUAAAAAAAAAACAUAAAAUCAAUGUGCAGCAUUUCUUGAUGGAGAAGACGAUGUGACAAUGUGUGAACAAAAAAAAACUGGAAGGAAAUGUGUUACUUGUGAUGAAACCAAUUGUGAAAACAAAACAGAAAAAAACUACAUUUAAAGAAAUACGCUAGCAAUUAGGAUCCUACAUUUUAUCUUCAAUGAAAAUAAAAGUGAUUUUUACAAACCAAA